AUGUGGCGAGUAGUAAGAGAAGCCAGUGCACGAGCUCCAAUCUGGAUGCAAGCGAGAGGAUUGGCGGCGAAAAAGAGCACAGAGCCGAAGUUCACACAGAGCGCCGCGUUCCAAGUAAUAUUCCAGUUUCGAAGGGCGCUUUGCACAGAUGUCAAUUUCAGGGCCGUGGCUCGAUCCGAGGAAAUCCUGCCUUCAAACAGGACUAUUAUACGUCCGACGCCUACGCGAACAAAAAGGUGCUUUCGGCGAUCGGGAGCGUUCUGGCACUUGCACUCUAUUUCGGAUGGCUCCGGGAACCGUCGGAUCUGGACGAGAUCUGGAACACCCCGCCGCAUAUUUUGACGUCCAAUUUGGAGCGAAAAAUGAUCCGUGAGCAGAUCAAACAAGCUCAGGAAAAAGGAAUGGACACGGCAUUGCUGAGGGCGCAGCUGGAUUACGUGGAUGUGAAGGAGGAGGCGUUGCGGAUCCAAUUCGAGCAGAAGAAGUCGCAGGAGGAACGCAAAAGGCAGUGA